AUGCUGUAUUGGACGAUGUCUCUUGUUGCUGCUUUUUUUCUUUUCCUGCUGAUAGUUUUGCCAAAGAUCUGCGUUGGGACAUCUGUAGAUAUAUAUAUCUAUAUUUGCAACUGCACAGUAUUUAUUAUUAUUAUUAUUAUUAUUAUUUUUGUAUGCGAGGAAGGUGACAUGCCGCUUAUCCUUCGGCUUUGUUUACAUGCUGUUGGCGCAAACGGCAGCAAGACGCAGCUGUGGCUUUCCUUUCCCAUUUUUCGCACCACCAGCCCGAAGGAUAUUAUUCUUUUUGCAUGGCGGAGUGUGGAGGAACGCAUGGCGGCAGAACUUGAGAUGCAUGCUUCGUACCAUUCCCAACUGGCCCUUUGCAUGCGCAACGUUAACGGCCAGUUUUUGUUUCUUGGUACUGCGGCCAUGGAGGACGCCGACAAGCCCAUCGUCAAUAUGCCGUUUUUUGAGGAGCUGCUGAGCAUGAAGCAUGAAACGUUGGAAACCAUGUCCAGUGCAUCGCUGCGGAGGUUUAUCUUCACGCAAGGAGCCCUGGUUCCUGUACCCGAUUUGCUGCGACUCAACCACAAGGCUUCCGGAGUGAAUGAACAACCGUUUUCCUUUUGCGAGAUGGUAGAGGUGACGCCGGAGCUAAGCAGUGACCCUCUUAUCGACGAUCCCGCACCAUCGGCGUUGUCGGAGACCGCCGUUGCAGAUGUCGCACCACGUGUCCAUGCAGGUUCCAGUUCCCCGAACAUUGCUUCCCUCUCCCUCAUUGGCACUGCUCCAGAGGAGACACGUGGCUCUGCCACAGAAGAGACUCACGCGGGCAGAAAUACUUCUGUUUCUGUACAAUAUAUAGACUUUGCUGGACAAACAUACGAAGCGAAGGUGAGACGGACAGAUGCACCGUCGCUCCAGGCGGUAAUGUCUGAGGCUUGCGAGGUCAUCGGCGCACAGGUUGGAUGUCUCUUUCAGUCGUCCAACAUGAGAUUGAUGUGCAACCUUGGCAAUAAGAACAUCCAACCUGUAGUCACUGAUAGUGAUCUUCGAAAAUUACUCAAGAAUGUGAGUGCGCGGUUUUAUCUUGCUGUAGACACACGGAUUUUAGCAUCUUCCUCACCCGAUCCUCUGGAGGCUACACAGAAGGGACCUGGAUUGAUGCUGAAGGAGACACGGGACGAGGCUGUGGAGGUAGUAGCAGCUGUCGGCGACCAUGACUCCCCAUGGGCUCUGGCCACCAGUGCCGCGACACUUCGACAGCUCGGAAGCCUUCAUCCUACGCCAUCCUUUUCGCCACGAGAACGUCUGUCGAUUCUGCGCACGAGGCCCACAUCGCUUGCGGGGCCGUCAGCAAGCACCAAAGUAGAGAACAUGCGUAAUGAGGAGGACACUGCACGUCUACGUCUUGCUUCUGCUCAUUUUUCCAUGGAUGAGGCACGAAGAAACCACAAGACGGUUCUUCUCAAGUCAAUGCAUGAUGCCACGUAUGAAGGGCUUUGCAAGAAGAAGGCGGUACUAAUGGAGGAGUGGACUGAAUGCAUAAGUGCAGAGCGUGAUUGUCAGCGGCUAGAAACGCUUCUCACUUGGCUUGAAAAGGACUUGGCGGAUGGUCAUGCGAGACAAGAGAAACUUAUUCGGGCUUUAUACGCCGCAUAG